AUGUUCCUUUUUGUAGAGCCUCAUUCACCGCAGGCGUUAGGUGCACUAAAUCGUUAUUUCCCGGUCAAAGGACACGAGAACCGUUCGGUUCUAAUUCGUAAGUCGGCGUUGGUUAAGAGCUUGAAAUCAGGAAGGCAGAUCGUGGCGAACAAUAACGAAAUGGGUGACGUACCAACCGUGCCCUUACGGUUCCUCAACCAGCCGGACCAGACAGGUUAUGAGUUAUGGAGCACGACGGCAGGGAAGCUGAGUCCUUUGUUUUCAAGGGGUUAUACUCUGCCUGCUAGAGUUGGUAGGGAAAUGACGACUUAUCGAAUAACUGACGACCUGGGAAUGAUUCAUUGCAAAUUUCUGGGAGCCGCUGGCGCCUCCAUCAGUGGUCAAUCCAGUGGUGGCGAGAAAGCCCAGCUGGGUCCGUUUAGUGCAAGAAUUGUUCACUGGCUGAAAACUGUUCGUCCAAACCGGACGUUUGUCUGGUUGCUGGAUCGAGCUACGAGGAAGCCCCACGAUUUACAUGAAGCGGCGAUUUGCUGGCUGGAUGAAAGUGACCAAAUGAGUCUUGCAGAAUACACUAGAAAUCGUGCCCGCGAAAUGUAUAGUACCACACUUCGGUAUGUUGCCAGACUCAGAGCAAAUUUAGCCCACAUUGUUACUGCCGAAGACACUAGCCCGUACGAUCCUGAUGCCUCCCACUCUAGCGGUCCUCGUAGACCAGCGUCUUUGCGACCAGAUAUACCUACCUUCCAAAAAAAUGCCGCCAAAUGGUCGUACAUCAUGCUUCGCGACUGGUAUGAUGAUUUCAAGUUCACAUUCGACAUAGCUGUACAGCUUGUACACUUCCUGGAACGUCAUUAUUGGUCAUUCGGACUCAACGCCUGCAUGAUAUCCGAGGAGCUCAUCAAUCUAUACGGAUUCAAACUUUAUAUGCCCCACAACAUGGAUUCUUUGUCUGAGCUACGAGGACUGUUUGAACAAGGACCCAUUCUCGUGACCAAUGCCCCAGAGAAUAAAUUUAGGCGACGGCACCCCCUUGUACAAGAAAACCUUUCAACGGGUCCAGCGCUCUUGGAUACAGUCUUCUCCGAUGUUCCCAAUGACCCCAAAUCUAAUGAUUCCCACUCCGAAUCUAAUGAUUCCCCGUUCGAAUCUAACGAGUCCCGAUCUUCUCGGAGGGAGAUUGGUAAGGGUACCAGAGGUGGUUUGUUCACUGGGAGUUUGUUACAUCCAAUUUAUGUGGCUCAAAAUAUAGAGUUGGAUUUGGAUAGUGUGCUGUACAUCUCGCAGUCACCAAUAAACUUGUGUCCUUAUGGCCUACGGAGUGAUGUAUACGAUCUACUUUCGGUUUUAUCUGGACUAUGGUUGGAUAAGAUUUAUAGUGCGAAUAAAUUGCUGGGAAAGCCUGUGGGACCGAAGUCAGAUCCAUCUCAGACAAAUGUGCCGACUGGUAUGACUGCGGCCAAUCUACUACAGUAUGCUGAUCUGUUGGGUAAGACACAAGUGUCACCCUGGAAAGAGGUGGCUCAAUUCUUCCACCUAGUUCCGCAGUUCCUGACGUCAAUAAACAUGACGCCCUUCCUUAACGAGAUUUUGGAUGUUGAUGAUGACACAACCAGUCACAUGAUGCGAUGCAUCGGCGGAGGCGGGACCAAGACCCUUUUUGCCAUCGUGGAAGAAGCCAAACAGCCCUCCGUCACCAAACGCCGAUCGCGCUACUGGAAAAACGUCCCUCUCGUCAACGAAACCUGCUUCAAUACACUACCACCACUCCAACUCACUCACUCAGAACGACUCUACCACCCUCAAGAACUCGUACACCAGUUCGACCCAUGGCUACAACAAUGGAAACAUAUCCUAGACGUCAUGCACGCACAAGUAGAAAAUCUCAAGAUGCUUACACACUCUUGUGCUGCAUAA